AUGGCCGCCAUCGUUAGACCUGCUCUCGCUAAGCCUGCUGCUUACCCCAAGGCCCUCCCUGUUGUUGUAGUCGUCGGCAGCUUGGCCAUCGUCGCCAGCUACGUGAGCUCCCAGCUCGCCACCACAUCGGCCAAAUUCGACCGCUCCUUCUCAAAGUACAACACCCCCGAGAGUGAAGCCAACCGAGCAAAGACCUUUGACGGUGCCAUCGAGAACCCCAGAACAAGUCUCUUCAACAUCCUCGGUAGCCGACAGUAA